AAGAAUCAUCAAAAUAACACAGUUUCUUUUUAUAACCAUGAGAUAAUUCUUUAACUUGCAGACUCGCAUUAGUACUAGACUUCCAAACAAAACCGACUCAGCAAAUUUCUCGCACGAAUACAACCCGAACUGGGUAUAUAAACAUCACACAUCUCCCACAGCUCUCGAUCUGUAUCUAUAAAUACACACACAUACACAGUGUCAACGAGCCUGUAUUAUCACAACAAUGGAGCAAAAGUAUCAACAAUUCAGAGGUCAAGCUAGGUUACCUAAAUUCGCAGUUCCUAAAAGCUAUGACAUCCAGCUCAAGCCUGACCUAGCCGCCUGUAAAUUCUCCGGCACGGUUCAGAUCGCCGUCGAUGUCGUCGCCGAUACUAAAUUUCUCGUUCUCAACGCUGCGGAGCUUGAUGUUGACUCUAGUUCGGUUAAAUUUCAAUUGCAAGGCGCUUCCAAAGUGUUGGAAGCUAAGGAGGUGGAAUUGUUUGAAGAUGAUGAGAUCAUGGUGGUGGAGUUUGGCGAGAGUCUUCCAGUUGGAGUUGGAGUUUUGUGUAUUGCCUUUAAUGGAACACUGAAUGAUAAGAUGAAGGGAUUUUACAGAAGCAAGUAUGAACACAAUGGGGAAAAGAAGAAUAUGGCAGUAACACAGUUUGAACCUGCUGAUGCCCGAAAGUGCUUCCCGUGUUGGGAUGAACCUGCUUGUAAGGCUACAUUCAAAAUUACUCUGGAAGUGCCAUCGGAACUAGUAGCUCUUUCAAACAUGCCAGUUGUUGAAGAGAAGGUGAAUGGCAAUCUGAAAAUUGUUAAGUAUCAGGAAUCACCAAUCAUGUCUACCUAUUUGGUGGCCGUAGUGGUUGGUUUGUUUGAUUAUGUUGAAGACCAUACACCGGAUGGGGUUAAAGUCCGCGUAUACUGCCAAGUCGGGAAGGCAUAUCAAGGGGAAUUUGCUUUACAUGUUGCUGUUAAAACACUUGGCUUGUACAAAGAGUACUUUGCAGUACCAUAUUCACUACCCAAACUGGACAUGAUUGCCAUUCCUGACUUUGCUGCCGGGGCUAUGGAAAAUUAUGGUCUAGUUACAUACAGAGAAACAGCUUUGCUUUUUGAUGAAAAGCACUCUGCAGCUGCUAACAAGCAGAGGGUUGCAACUGUGGUAGCCCAUGAGCUUGCGCACCAGUGGUUUGGCAAUCUUGUGACAAUGGAAUGGUGGACGCACCUGUGGCUGAAUGAAGGAUUUGCAACAUGGGUGAGCUAUUUAGCAACUGAUAGUUUGUUCCCAGAAUGGCAAAUUUGGAAUCAGUUUCUUGAUGAAAGCACUGAAGGUCUUCGCUUGGAUGGUCUUGCAGAAUCUCACCCUAUUGAAGUUGAGGUUAAUCAUGCGGGGGAAAUUGAUGAGAUAUUUGAUGCAAUCAGUUACAGAAAGGGAGCAUCUGUUAUCCGGAUGUUGCAGAGUUACCUGGGUGCUGAAACUUUUCAGAGGGCACUAGCUUCAUACAUAAAAAAAUAUGCCUGCUCAAACGCGAAGACUGAAGACUUAUGGUCGGUUCUUGAGGAGGAAUCUGCUGAACCUGUAAAUAUGCUAAUGACUUCAUGGACCAAACAACAGGGCUAUCCAGUUGUUUCUGCUAAUGUCAAAGGCCAAAAACUGGAGUUUGAGCAGUCACGGUUCUUAUCGAGUGGUUCACAUGGGGAUGGACAAUGGAUUGUUCCUGUAACACUAUGUUGCGGCUCAUAUGGUGCCCGUCAAAGUAUCUUGUUCAAGGAGAAAACUAAAUCUAUCGAUAUAAAUGAAUUAUUGGGUUCCACUUCUCAAGGCAGUCUAGUGCAGACCGGAACUGGAGGGGAUAAUAAGAGCUGUGAAUCAGCAUCUGCUUGGAUAAAGCUUAAUGUGGACCAGUCAGGUUUCUAUAGGGUGAAAUACGAUGAAGAAUUGUCUGCCAGACUUAGACAUGCAAUAGAGAAGAAAUGUUUGUCUGUGGCAGAUCGAUAUGGCAUUGUGGAUGAUUCUUUUGCUUUGUGUAUGGCUUGCAAGCAGUCUUUGACAUCACUGCUGACCUUGAUGGGUGCUUUCAGAGAGGAAUUAGAUUACACUGUCUUGUCAAACUUGAUAACGAUAAGUUAUAAAGUUGCAAGAAUUGCAGCUGAUGGUGCUCCUGAACUGAUAAAUGAGAUAAAACAGUUUCUCAUCAACCUUUUUCAGAAUUCUGCAGAGAGAAUUGGCUGGGAUACCAAGCAAGGAGAGAGCCAUUUAGAUGCGAUGUUGAGAGGUGAACUGUUAACUGCCCUAGCUGCAUUUGGACAUGAUGAGACUAUAGGGGAGGCAACCAAGCGUUUUCAUGCAUUCUUGAAUGAUAGAGAAACACCGCUUCUACCUCCCGACAUAAGAAGGGCAGCAUAUACUGCAGUUAUGCAGAGCGUGACCAAAUCAAAUCGUUCAAAUUUUGAAUCUCUUCUUAAAAUUUAUAGGGAGACUGAUCUGAGCCAGGAGAAGACACGUAUAUUAGGUUCUCUAGGAGCUUGUCGGGAUCCUGAAAUUAUUCUAGAAGUUCUUAACUUUUUGUUAUCAUCAGAGGUUCGGAGUCAAGAUAUUGUUUUUGGACUUUCUGUUAGUCGGGAAGGACGUGAAAUUGCUUGGAGUUGGAUGAAGGAAAAUUGGGAUCACAUCUCAAAAACUUUUGGUUCCGGAUUUUUAAUAACUCGAUUCGUCAGCGCUUGUGUGUCACCGUUUUCUUCCUUUGAGAAGGCCAAAGAAGUGGAAGAAUUUUUUGCUUCACGUACUAAGCCUUCAAUGGCCAGAACCUUGAAGCAGAGCCUAGAGCGCGUUCACAUAAAUGCUCAAUGGGUUGAAAGCAUUCAGAAGGAGAAGCAUCUCGCUGAUGCAGUAAAGGAGCUUGCCUACAGAAAGUACUAAGUUAUGGGACUGGGUUUUGUCACCUGACAAUCUGACAUGACAUUUGCUCUUGCAACAUGGUUUUUAAUAACAGUCCCAGCUCGUGAGUCAAUUGUAUUUUUUUUUAAAAAUAUGGACUCUGGGUCCUGCCAACUGGUUUAUCAGUGACAUUCCACGGUCAUGUUACUAUUAGUACUGUACCUCUUUAAACUAUAUUAAUAAGUUACCAAAAUAUAAUCCUCCAAAAGUUUUAUUCA